AUGGUCUUAAAUGAUUACGAAAAGAAGGAGGAAGUGGCUCCUACUAAGGUUGCUGCUAAGCCGGGUGUUGGAGGUGUUUAAUAAAAGUAACCACCUGGAAGAGCACAGGCAGGUGCAGCUAGUAUCAAAUAAAGAUAAUAAUAAUAAUAAUAACAAUAAUAAUAAGAGGAGGAGAAGAGAUAGGAGGAGGAAAAAUAGAAAGAAUUGGAGAAAUAAUAAUAAUAGUAAAAGGUCACUGAAGAGAAGAAGGAGGGAAGUGAAGAAUUGACAGAAUGGGAUUAUUUAUAUGGAGUUAGCGAGUUAUUUACUCUUAAUAGAAAGAGAAAUCAAAUGAUAUUGAUUAACGAUGUGAUAUUUUCAAUGAAAAGAUAAUUUAAUGCUGAAUUUGAAUUAAUCUAAAAGUAGAGAUAAUAAUAAUUGGAUAAUAUUAAUGAAAGAAACAAGAGAAUCAUCGAAAUUAAUGGAGAAUUGAAGAGAGAUCCUCAAUUAUAACAAAUGAAAAAGAAUAUUUUGGAAGAUCCAGAAAAAAUAUUGACUGUUAAACCAGAAGAAAUAGGAUUCCAAUAAUAUGAGACAAGAGAAAUGAGAGAGAAGAAGGAAUAAGAGAGAUAGAAAGAAGAAGCUCGUUUGAAAGCAUUGAUGGCUGAUGAUUCAGGAGUUAGGGCAGUUAAAGAUAUGAUGGGAGGCACUUUGGAAGAAAAGAAGGAAACUCCUUUGGAUGAAAAAUUAGAAGUAGAAGAAUGGAUGAAGAAGAGUCCAGAUGAUAUGACAGAGGAGGAGAGAAUGAAAUUAAAAGAAUUUGAAGUUAGGAAGAAAAGAUUCGUAAAAAUUUGGAAGCUGAACUCAAAAAGAUUGAAUAAUGAAAUUACUGAUAUUUGUUAAAGAUUUGAUGAUAAGUUGCUAAUUCUAUUUAGAAGAAAAUUAGAAUAUGACUAUAGAAUACUUGAAUAAGAAUUAUCAAUUGUAAGAUUGGCAUUAUCUAUUAUUAUCUCAUAAUAAGCUUAAUUGAGAGUUUCAGAAUUGGAGAAGUUGCAUGAUGAGAUGACAGCUCAAUUAAAUCAAUUGCAAUAAAUGAAGAAUAAUCUAGAUUAAACUAGAGAUUUGACCUAAUAACAAAGAAAAACUUUGAAUGACUAAAUAGUCAAUUAUUUCAAUAGAGGUUAGACUGCUGGUAUGGAUGCAAACAAAGUCAAGAUUCUUUGGCAAUAUGCUUUUGAAGAUUAGAAGACUAAUGAAAGAGCUAAAUAGGAAUCUGAUGAGAAAUUGCUUAAAAUUUAAAAAUAUAAAGAUGUGCUCAUCUUAAUUGAUCCAUUGUUUGAAAAUCAAAAGAAAAUUAUAUCUGCAUAGUUGGACGAACAAUUUGAAACUUACUUAUUUGAUAUCUAAGAGAAAGCUAGUAAUUUAUAAGGAAUUGAUUUUGAACAUGUUCGGGAUCAACUAUUGUAAGUUCUAAGUUAAAGAUUCAGAAUGAAAUUAGAAUAUGAAAAAAUUGAUAAGGAUUCCAAUGAUCUUGAAAAUUUCAAUAAAAAGUUUGAAUAAGAAUUUAAUCAAUUAUCUUCUUAACUCUAAAAUAGUGAAGAAGAUAUUUAGAGUUUACAUAAUAUGCUUGAAAAGAGUAGAUCUAAUAUCGAAGUCAUGUUCAGAUUCAAAUAAGGAUAUGUUGAAAUCAGUCAAGACAAACCAGUCCCUAAUUUACAAGAUGCUGCACUAAUUCCUAGAGAAACAAUUGAGAAAAAGAAUGAUGAAAUCAAAAAGGAAGGAGAUACUAAAAUUGAAUUGAUGAAAGAUAUUAUCAAAAGUAAAUAUUAAGUUGAAAAAAAUGAAUAUGACUUAAAGAAGAGAGAUCUCAUUAUUUAAGAUUUAGAAUGCAAGACUAGGGAAGUCUAAUUAUUGAAGGUUAAAAAGGAAAUGCAAAUUGCUUUAACCAAAGAUGAUACCAGAUUGAAUGAGAGAGAACUAGCAAAUCUAAAGGAUUAGAUCGAUCUCUUAAAGAGUGCUACUGAUAAGAGAUUGUAGAUUAUUAAUAAGAAAAGAGAAAAGAUUGAAAAAGACAUCGAUUUCAUCAAAAAGGAGAAUCAAUAACUGAUUGGAUAGGGAGGAGUUUUAUCGGGAAAUGUUAAAUAGCUAUAAGAUAUUUCAGAUAUGUAAAACAAGAAGAAUGUUAGGUAAGGAGAAGAAUAAUAAGAACCAUAAGAAGAUAAAUUUACUUAAAUUGCUCGUAAUUACAGACUAUUUAAGAAGGCAAAGGAAUAGGCUGAAGAAAUCGAGAUAUUAAGAGAUGAACUUACGAAGCUCAAAGCCAAGACAUUUGCUAAUUUCUAACAAGUUCAACGUUGA